AUUUUUUUUUUAUUUUUUUCCUUUUUCCACUUUAUUUCCCAUUUAUUAUUAUUAUUUCUUAUAACAUGCCCGUUAAUAAACUUACUAUUUCACCUGGUGUUGACCAAUAUACUUUAAUUAACAAAAACAAGACAUUGGCCGUUAUGGUCUUGACUUAUGGUGCCAUUGUUUCUCAUAUCUUGACACCUGAUAAGACUGGCACUGUUCGUGAUGUUGUUCUUGGUUUUGAUGACCAUGAAUCCUAUAAACAUCCUGAUAAUCCUUACUUUGGUGCUGUUGUAGGAAGAUACGGUAAUCGUAUUGGUAAGGGUAAAUUUACAGCUGAUGGAAAAGAAUAUCAACUUGCUAUCAAUAACGGUCCUAAUGCACUUCAUGGUGGUCUUGAAGGCUUUGAUAAGAGAAUUUGGACAGCUACUGUUCUUUCAGAAGAGCCUGCCUCUGUUCGUUUAGAACUCGUCUCACCUGAUGGUGAUCAAGGUUAUCCUGGUACACUUACAACAUCUGUUACCUAUACUGUAAACGAUAAAGAUGAGUUAAUUAUGGAAUAUCAUGCAACAACUGAUAAGGAGACGGUAGUUAACUUGACGAAUCAUUCUUAUUUUAACUUGUCUGGUGUAUCAUUAAAUCCUAAUAUCUUGGAUCAUCGCGUCACUAUGACAGAUGAAGUCAAGGCUGUUCUUGAAUGUGACCAAGAUUGUUUACCUACUGGUAAAGUACUCAGCUGGUCUGAAGUACCAUGGAUGAACUUUUCUGGAGAAAAUGCUGGCAAGUCAAUUGGUGCACGCUUUGAAAAGCUUGAAGCGACUCGUGGUUAUGAUCAUCCAUAUGUAAUCCAUACUGAUUACAAGACGGAUACUGCUCAUUUACCUCUUCGUCAUGCAGUCACAGUUUAUUCCCCUGAUACAGGUAUUGAAAUGGACUUUUCUACAACUGAGCCUGCAUUCCAAUUCUAUACAGGUGGCUGGAUUGCUUCUGAUGUGUUGGAAGCUAAAAAGGAUCAAGGUAAAAUAAAAUUGGGUCCUAGUGCUGGUUUCUGUCUUGAAGCAUCUCGUAAUCCUGAUUCUCCCAAUAAACCUGAAUGGAGAAAUGCUGUUUUACUUCAAAAGGAGGGUGUUUAUACCGGAAAGACUGUUUAUGCUUUCCAUGCUCGUUUGAAUUAAAAAAAAAAAAAAAAAAAAAAA